AUGGAAGUCAAUGGUGAACGAGACAUAGCUGGUAUUUUAAGCGCGGCUUUAAUGCCAUUGAAAGAUAUGAAACAUGCAGAUAUUUUGGACCAGUAUGAAAUGAACAUGGCUGAUGGAAAUAUAACACCUGACGUUCUAGAACAUUUAUCUCAAAGAACUACACAGAACCAUAGAGAUGGUAUAUUUGGUGAAGAGUUUAGAAAGAAAGUUAGGGAGAGCGAAGGAAGAGAACCUAUUGUACAUGACCUUGCAAACGAAAGUUUACAAAAUGUCAUAAAAACUUACUUUGCAGGCGAUGAAUCGAGAAGGGAUGAAUAUUUAAGAAAACUCAAAUGGACAGUACCAAAUGAAAUGUUAGUAUUGAAAAACAUGUUCCUUGACAAAAUAAAACCAACUACAGAAAUAAACGACGCAAGACUGAAAGAUUGGGUAAAAGCUUUCCCAUUCACAAAAGAUAUAGUUGGUAACAUGGAAAGAAAACCAGAAUGGCUACAAAAACAUAUAUUUGGAAACGAGCUUAUUCCAUAUGGACAAGCACUGUUUGAAGAGCUUGAACCAGAAACUCAGGAAAGAGUCAUGCAAACAAUACGCGAAGACUCAAAUACAAACUAUGACAAAAUCUUUCUAGGAUAUAGGUUACCUGAGAUGGGCGACCAGAGCCCAAAGGCAAAAAGGACAUGGGAAAUUUGCAACAUACUAGAUGAACAUAAUGCAAAGAUGCAACAACUUCAAGCAGAGGGCAAUGAAGGAAAAAGAAGAGUUAAAAACUCAGUCAGGAAGAAAGUAAAGCUUGGUCGGAGUGGGUUCUAUUAUGACAUAUAA